ACCGCAAAAGCUUUCUCCACAGCUCAACAAUCAGAUUCGAGUGUUUUCAUCAAGAAAUAAACAUCUCUCUUAAUUUCUUCAAGCUCACCAUCUGAACAUAUACAUCAUGAUUAGUCCCAAGAAACUCAUCCAGAUGGCAAGGAAGUGGCAGAGGGUAGCUGCUCUUGGAAGGAAAAGAAUUUCAUUACCAAGAGCCAACAGAGUUGCAAAUGUUAACAACAGUAGUGAUUUUUCAUCAGAAGUGGCAGGCAAGGGUCACUUCGUAGUUUACACAGCUGAUGAAAGGCGGUUUGUUUUCCCUAUUGCGUAUCUCAACAAUUACAUCAUCCAAGAACUUUUCAAGAUGUCUGAGGAAGAAUUUGGAUUGCCAAGCGAUGGGCCUAUCACAUUGCCAUGUGAUGCAGCCUUCAUGGAGUAUGCAGUUUCUCUGAUUCAACGGCGAGUUGAUAGAGAUACGCAGCAAUCUCUGCUUCUCUCUAUGGGAAGUUGUGGAUGCUCAUUAUCUUAUUCUCUAAAUCAAACUAGCCAGCAGAUACCAGUCUGUGGUUUCUGAGCCGAUUGGCAAAAAGAUUUUGUAAAUAUCACAUGCAGAAUUAGCUUAAUAAUUCGUUAUACAUAGUGAAAGUUUCCAACUACA